AUGCCGCCUUCAUCUUCAUAUUUUCCUCUCUGUCCGAUCAGCUGCUGUUCUAAGAGUCCGAAAAAGAAACUAGCCCAGAAUGAAGAAAUAUCCAUACGUAUUAACAAUAAGGAGACACUAGCUGUGCCAGCAAGAUCAGCACAGACACCUCCUAAAGUUUCCAAGAAAGUAGUUUAUAGUCGAUCAAUAGCUACUUCAUCAAAUGUUGGCUCUUCACCUCCGAACGCUACAGCAAUUGAUAUUGAAAUGGAAGAUGAAUUCAGCACUGCACGGACACAUGGCUCUGACCGAAAACAUCUUUCUAUGAAAGAUCUGCUUCACAAUGUGAGAGUUGAAGAAGGCCUGUCCGCUCGAAGUGCACAUGGAGAGAUGGCUGUUGACAAGAGAUGCAGCCUGCCAACCAUACCGGAACUAUCUCAAUCUCAGAGUGCUUCUGAUCUCCCAACUAAUACCCCUCAUGACGCCAAUAACAUCGAUGUGGAAGCCAUCGACACACAACCGGAGCAGAAGAAAAAAAGGAAAGCUGCCGUCUUCAACCAACACGGUGAUAUAUCUGCUCGAACGGUUGAUUCCUCGAACUCUCAAUUAGGAAGUAGCAGAUCCGAUGGCAUGUUCGAUGAACUGCCCAGCUUUCAAGUAUCAUCUCCAGCUCAGGCAUCGUCAGCUGUCCAACGUUAUAUCAUCUAUCCACCACAGGUAGUGAUGGUGAUGGUCAGUGUGGCAUACACUUGGUUUGUCAGUUUCAUCCAUUUGUUCACUCCAAAAACGGAUUCUGAAUGA